AUGUGCUGUAAUUCUUCCAGGGCCUUUUUUCACGUUCAACAUGUCCUACCUUGGAAUCGAGGGAGAACCUCCCCGAGACCCUAUUCGUGAAACUUUGGUGCGUGAUGGUGAUCCAGGGCCCGCAAAGCUGAAAUUUUCCUUGGAUGACCAGAAAUCUUCUGAAGUCAGUAACUUCGGCGUUUUUGUUCGCGUUCGUCCAUUGAUCGACAAUGAAGUUGGCGAUUUUCUAACUCCUUCGGGCCCUCAGCAACUUAUUGUCGCGAAGCCUCCAGAUGUUUUACUUUUUCACCAACCGCAUGCAACUCAAGGGAAGAUCGUGACAAAUGCGAUGGAGCAUAAGAUGGAAUUCACGCGUGUCUUUACGGACGAUGCCUCACAAGAGGAAAUUUAUGAAAACGUAUGUGCGUGUGCAAUUCGAGAACAACCGGAAUCUGGGAUAUCGGUCUUAUUCUCGUAUGGCACGUCGAGUGCAGGGAAAACUUACACUAUGAGAGGAACGAGGAAAAAUCCGGGAGUGAUAUCGCGCGCCGUAGAAGAUGUUUUCCGCUUUCACGGGCGUGAUUUGAGACCGGACCUGCCCGUGAAUCCGUCAUAUUUCACUAAAAUUGCCGUGUUGGAUGACAAUGCCAUAAAGUCUCGACAGCAAGCUAAACAAAGACUUUUUGCGAUGCAAAAUUUUGAUCCUUCCUCGAGUGGCCUCAUGGAUUCAAUCGUUUCGGUCUCAUCAACGCAGUCAAGUUUGAAAAGCGAUUAUCCGUACGCGACCGCAUUUGUUUCUUUCCUUGAAAUCUAUCAAGGGAGCUGCUUUGAUAUUUUGAAUCCUAUCACUUUGGGAGCUCGCAGAGAAGUUCUAAAAGUUCGUGACUACAAAUCAGGAUCAGAUGACUUAUCCUACGUAGCAGGAUUGUCUGAAAUACCUGUUCAAAAUGCGAGUGAGGCAUUAACUCUGUGGAGAGCUGGUAUGAAGAACUUACAAUAUGCCUCGACUGCUUUGAAUACCAACUCUUCUCGAUCACACUGUAUAUUCACCUUGAAAGUCGUCAGAAUUGAUGACUUGGAUCAACCGACUACUGGAUCCACCACAGUGUUUUCAUUUUGUGACCUGGCGGGUGCCGAGCGUGCGGAGAAGGCCGAAACGAAAGGUCAUUCCUUUCGAGAGACAAGGAAAAUAAAUGCCUCAAUCUCAUCUCUCAUGAACUGUAUUCGUGCCAUGAGAAAAGCUGAUGGGAAAACGAAGCAGAAUGUGGUGAUCCCGUUCCGUACGUGUCGCUUAAGUCAUGUGCUGAAGAAUUUCUUCCUUCAAGGCCAAGUUCGAAUGUUAGUGAAUGUUUCCCCUUCCAUGGAAGUCCACUCGGAAACGCUAACUGUUCUGCGUUUCUGCACUGAAGCUGAGGUCGUGUUGAAGUCUUACUCAAGCAAGCAAGAACACUCAAUUGAAGAAAAACCAUCUUCGACAGCAUUUCAAAAUUUUGUUGCGCAUGCGAGAAGAAUGACCAUGAAGGUUUCGACAUCAUCACUAGCUGAGAUCGAAUCAUCUUCCGUGGCCAUCAUCAAUGAAGAAAAAUCUGUUGAUGAAGAAAUGCAUACUGUGCAAACAAGUGAAAUAAAACAUGAAGACGAAGCAGCCGAACAUACGGGCGUCAAAGAUUCUACUCCUGCAUUUAGGAGAUACUCCGAGGACGAUGAGCUUUUGAAUCAGUGGAUAAAAAGAUGCGAAGCGUUUGAAGAACAGUCGAAGGUUUACCGCGGGAAAUACCUGGAGUACAAAGAGCUUCUUUUCAAUGAGCGCGAUGCACAUUCCAAAAGGAUCAAAACCUUGACCGCUGAUCACGCCGCGGACCUUCGAAAGAUGUACGAGAAGGGUUUGGAUGCAGCUAGAUCGACGAAGGCCACCGUUGACGCAUUGUUUGCAGACGAAGAUGACGAUGAAGAGCUUUCGCCGCCGAGAAAGAAUUCAGAAGAAGAAAACGCAGAUGUAUUAGUUCUUCGUGAAGCGAAGACUGAACUGGAGAAACAGCUUGCCUCUUCUGUUGAGAGGGCAAAUAACCUGGAAGUAGAAUUGAAAGAACACGUCCAACUCGUACAAGUUCUGGAAGACAAAGUGAAAGGCGCUGUUGAGUUUUUCUCACAGAAGAGAGAAGAAACUGCCGAAUUGGAGGGUGUGAUCGAAAAGCUUAGGAAUGAAAAUGCUGGUCUUGAGGCAAACUUGGAAGAUGCCAAGUUGGAACUUGACGCAAAAAGAGCCGAAAGCAUGGAAAACAUCAGGAACUUCGAGCAGGAAGUGAAUGAAUUGAAAGAAGAAUUCGAAGGAAAGUUGCUGAAGUUACAACAGACCAAUGCAGACCAAUGUCAACAGCUCAAAGAAUUGCAGAACAAGUCAGAACAAAUGAAGGAAGAAUUUUCAGUUCUUCAGAAGAAUCAUGACUGUUUGGUGGAGGAGUUGAAAGAUAAAAAGCAAUCUUCUGAAAAGCUUGAGAACACUCUUCAAGACAGGAAUGCUGUCAUUGAUGAAAAGGAAAAGAAGUGUGGGGAUCUUCUGGAAAAGAUUUCUUCCUUAGAAUCUGCCCAAAUCUUGCACAAAGAAACAUAUGGGAAGAUAUGUCAGGAAAAUUUGAUCCUGAAGGAAAAAUUGGAAGAUGCCUUGAAGACUAAUGCCAAGUUGGAGAAAGAGAAAUCUGGCAUUGAAGCACAAAUGGCUGAAGAAGAAAAGAUUAGAGCUUCAUGUGAGGGUAUUCAUGAAUCGCUGAAGGCCAUGAAAAAUAAAUUGAAUUCAAUCCAGAAGGAGAAUGAAGCUCUGAAAAGUGGCCGCACAAUAGAUAUUUCUCGCAUGGAAGAAUUAUCUCAUCAACUUAUGGUGAAGGAAAGAGAAUUGGUUGAAGCCGAAGGAGAAAUUGCUGUUCUGCAGAAGGAGUGUAAGAAGUUGAGCGCAAAAGAUGGUUUGUUACAAGAACAGAUGAAAUUGGCUCCAAAAAGCGGGGUUGAACUAAAUUCAGGCGAUCAUACAAGGGCAGCACCAGCAGUUGAGAGGAAUCCAAAGACGGUUUUUGUAAAACCAGUCGAGAAAGUAGAAAGAAACUGUGCAUCUUCACCUACUCAUGUGGAAUUCGUUCCUCCGCAAACGCCUCAAGCUUUGGCUGCUGCUGUUGGCACAGAUGCCAUUUUGACGCCUCCAUUGAAAAGAAGAAUGCGCCCAAAAAGAACUCCAUCCAGUGUUCAAACUGCAUCUGUUACCCGUUCAACUGCGAGCAAGUUGACAAAGAAAGCAAAGAAUAUCUUGCUUGAAGACAGUGAGGAAGAAGAAAGCAGUGCUCCAAAGCGGGGAAAGAGAGAUCAUGAAAAUGAUUUCGCUUCCGCCAAGCUGGAAGUUUUUAAUGCCGCGUAUACCUACGCCGGACUGGACAUCGUCCAUCCUAGUCUGGUGGAGCAUGGUUACUGCAAACCAUGGUAUAGUGCUCCCAAUCUUGUGCUUAAGUUACCGAGGCGAGAAAUUUUCUUUUCCGAUCCCUUGGAAUCACAUUCUCUAGCCAGUGCAAACGUGGAAAGCGAGGAAGUUGACGUGGGGAUUGAAGAGCCGUGUGUUACAAAGGCACCUCCAAGAUGGACUCCAUCUAUUCAUCCGAAACAGGGUUUCCAGGAGUCCAUGCAAGAUAGCUGGGAAAAUGCAGCUUUCAUUUCUUUAGUUCACCCCGAUGACGUUAAUGAAGAGAACUGGGAGGCUAAUUUGAACAAGCUUGCUUGGAGCAAGGAUCAGCUGGAGCUUUUUCAGAAGGCCAUGAAAAUUAUUACUGACGCUUUGCUUGGUUUUCGUUGUUGUCCAAGUACGGACAACAACACAAGUGUCCGAUUGCAUCUUGAUUUGGCGGCGAGACGUCUCCGGGGAGUGUUUGCCUCGAUUGAAUGGAAAUCUGAGUUAACAGAUUGGCUUCACCAGCUCAUGAUGGAGAACGCAGGUUACUCUGACUUGGCAGUCUACUUGGAUGUCAUCCAGACGCUCCGUUCCAUGUUACCUGCGCAAGUGGAUCACAUGUUCCGAGUUGGAAUCAUGAAACGGUCGAUUCCACCGGAUGCAUUAAAUUUCCUCUUCCGUAAACCGUGGGAACCUCGACUUCCGAAAAUUCACAGCAUUAGCAAAAUGAGAAAUGUGAACCUGGUGGUUCUGGAGGCCUUUCCGCAACAGGGAUCAUCGGGACAUUCCUCGCAACAGAAGCGGCGUGCUUUUUGGAAUGAUAGCUUCCAGCAGUUGGGAAAUGUUGUGUUGGCAAAUCCUACAAUUGGAGGCGGCAGUUUAUGGACUGCGAAGCAUUACGUGGAAAGCAUUGAAGUCGCUCUCAUGUCAAAAAUUACCGAGACUCGGCAACAUCUGAAUCUCAUGUAUCACCAGUCUCAGAAGAAUCGUCCCGGUUCCGAGAAAGAAAUUCCAUUGGACAGUAGCAAAGAAGCGGCUUUGGCUUUGAAUCCUAUUGUUUUGAUUGGAUGGGAUACAGGAGCUGUUUCGUGUGCUCAGCUGGCUAAGAAAAUAAAAAAUCAAGGCAUUGCUGCGAUUAUUUGCCUUGGUUUCCCAACGAGCACCUUAGUCGGAAAGCGUGGGAAAGCUGACGAUUCGCUCGUUGAUCUUGACUGCGAUAUUCUCUUCAUUGUUGGAGAAAAUGCUGUGAAUACGCGACUACAAGAUCUGGAAGCCUUGAGGUCACAGAUGAAAGGAGGGAAUAGUCUUCUUGUCGUUGGUGGAGCUGAUGAGCACUUGAUGCUUUCGCCGGAAACACUAAUGAGGGAGAAAAUCACUCAAAAUGUUGCUGAUGCUAUGCUGAUUAAUGAAAUCUCGCAUUAUCUGGAAGCGACGAUAGGGAGGCAGCAGCAACAGUAUCUGGGCUGUAUCUCUGGUCCAGAUGAAGCCCCAAAAGGCAGUGAUGGAUUAAGUGCUUGGUCAACCCAUGGAAUGGCUUCUGGUUCUGCUAUUCGUCCAAGUAGCUUUGAUCAAACGGCAGGAUUUGUACCAUCCAGGGUUAUUGGCCCUGUUUUGGAACCUGUAGUAAGCAGCAAGCUUGAGCUGCCGCCGAUGACUUCUGGAAUUACAAUUUCAUCAUCAUCUGUUCCAAUCGACAUGCCUGCAGAUGGCUCCUGGGUUGAGCAAGCACGUUUGCAGUCAGCCAUCGCGAGUAUUUUAGGUGACACGGAAGAUAUUCUCGACACGUUUGAUGACCAAGUUCUCGACAUCAACGUGGGAGAGGCGACUGGAGGCGCCAUCGCCAGUGAAAACUGCGACAACGCCGCAGAUGCUGCCCUGGCGAACAUCUUUCCCUCAGUUGGCUUGUCAGAUUCUCCGCUCACUUCUGGUGCUCUUAGAUUGCAACCUUUGUUAAGCCCUUUGCCCAAAGUAAAUACUCCCAUAGGGCAACUCGUGACAGCUGCACAGGCCCUGGAAAAUAAACUUCGUCUUGGAAAUCCGGUUGGAAAUGCUGUUAAAAGACCUGCCUCUGAAUCUGUGGCGCCAAUGGUGACCAAGUUUCCACGACUUGAUACUACUACGACACCGUUGCGCUCGUCAUCAUCCGUCGGCCCAGUCAUUCCCGCAGUGUCACAGCUCAACGUACUUAAACGCACAUCCGGCGCUGGAGUACUCUUUGGAUCUCCAGAAUCCGCCCUAAGUCAGUUUGCUGUAACUGCUACGGAAUCCAGUUUGCCUGCUAAAGUUUCGAUCAGCCCGAAGAAGCCGUCUCCGCCCCAAACUGGGAAAACUUUGAAAGUGAAUUUUAGUAUGACGCCCGGUGGAUUGCUGAGUCGACAAGAACCUGAGCCGGUACAAGAAUCAGAGUACAACUUCGUUGGCAGCAGCAUCCUUGCGAACCAGGUUGCCGGCGUGCCGACGUCCCAACCUUUGAAACCCGUUAAGCGCACCGCCAUUUCCAGUUGGAAAAACGUUCAAAUUACGAGCGUGCGUCCAAGAUCAGUCGUCGUGCAAUCAGCAGCAGUGAGAAACCCCAAUGCCGUAAAAUCCAUCGGCCUCAAGACUGUACCUUUGGCUCGUUUCCCGAACCUCGGACCAAACGUUAGAGUGAUAAGCCUGGCUAAUAUCAACACUCGUGUGGGUCUCGCUCGGACGCGAAUGCCGGUAGUGCUGCGAAACGCGGACGGAGUUGCAACCGACGGAGCCGGAGGCGUCGUUCGAAUGGCACGUUUGACAACGACGCAAAAGGGCGUUCUGCAGGUCCAGCAGAUCCCACCUGACAAAAUGUCGAAAGAAGACCAGUUGAAUGAAAAGGUUAACUGUGAAUCGCAAGAUCCCUCUCCACUUUUGUUGAAGCAUCUGUCAAUGGAGUCGACGUCGUCUGUCGUUGAGAUGUCAACGACAUUCAUACAGCACACACCGGAGAAAGAUGAAGAGAUUGCGAAGUCUUCCACCGUAACGGCCGAACUGUCUUUGGUUCAAGUUGACUGCGUCGAAGCAAGUUUGAAUCCCAAACCGGCUUCUUCUGUACGUUCUCCAACUCCGGGAAAUUGUUCCGACGAGUUUAUACUUGAAGCUUUGACUGAAGCUGACGAGAUACAAUGUCUCGACGUGAAGAAACUCAAUUCUGAAGCAUCUCCAGUGGCCAAUGUAGGCAAGAGAAAGGGCCGAUCUACUGAAGCAGUAGACUCAUCGAUUGUUGCAAGACAAGAAGUAGUGCGACAUCUCCCAGGAAUUCGAAAAACCGCGUGUCUCCUCGUCUGA